CUUCUUUUUCAGGUCCAAAACAAAAUUCACAAAAAAUGACACAAGUGUUCACUCCCACGGUUUACAAACAGUUAUCCCUAAUGGUUUUAGUGGAACUCAUUUUUAAAAUAUCUGAAUAUGUAUUAGCAAUUGUUUUACGUGGGAAUCCAAAGAGUACUCUCACAACUCUUGUCAUCAACAAAAUAUAUCUUUUGGACAUGAUAUUCACAUUGUCAGAGUAUUUCAUCGAAGUUUUCUUAGUACCAGAGCUGAAACAAGUGUGGUGGAUGAUGCAUUUGGGGAUUAGUAUGGUAAUAACAGGAGAAAUCAUACGCAAGACGGCCAUCAUAACAGCUGGUUAUGGGUUCACACACCAGAUUAGGACCAAUCGGGACGAGGAACAUCAGCUUGUAACACAUGGAAUAUACAAAUAUAUGCGUCAUCCUGGCUAUGUUGGUUACAUGAUUUGGUCAGUGGGUGUUCAAAUAAUGCUCUGUAAUCCAUUGUGGGCGAUUGGCUUAGCAGUUGAACUUUGGCGCUUCUUUUCUGAUCGGAUUGUAUAUGAAGAGAAAUACUUGAGGGAGUUCUUUGGUGAGCGGUAUGAUGAGUAUGCAAGGCGAGUUCCAUCUGGAGUGCCUUUUGUAUGAUGAGCAAGUGAUUGAUCUAUGAUUCUAACUAUGCUACUGUCUUUUACAUUUUUUUUUUCCAUUUGUAAUAUAACUUCACAAAUGGUGAUUGUUGAUCUGGCCUUUUUAUUUUUACUUAGUUGUAGUAAUAAUAAUAAAGUAUGUAAACUUCUAUACGUAUAGUGGAUA